UUGUGUAGCUGAAUCAAAUUAUCUGAUUGUAAAUGUUUCAAUUAAAAUAAAUUAACAGUGAAUGUGAAAUGACAAUUGACAAUGAAUAUGUUUAUUUUAUAAUUGAGUUUGUUCCUUAAUAUUUAAACAGUUACUUUUAUCCGCGGCGUUUUGGUGGUUGGGUAAGUAAAACUUGUUUUCUAGCCUGGAGAUGGUCUCCAAAUCGUUUUCUAAAUCGAAAAUCGAGAAAUUAUUGUGUAUACAAUGUAAUCCAACAAAAUGGAAGGGGCUGUUGAUCGGAUCGUUAACGAAGAUCGUCAAACAAGUGCACCCUUUACUAGUAGUCAGCGAUGAAGCGUUGGAAUGUGUCGAAAUGCUAGUUGUACAAUGUCUGGAGAUACUCACCUUAAGGUCAUCACCACCGUACACUGUAUUCGACAUCAUAGAUCAAGUGAAACGGUGGUUUCCUAAGCCAUUAGACAAGUGGGCUAUUAAGGAUGCUACCGAGGCAAUAGAAAAAAACAAGAAGAAACAUCCUGUGAUAUUACCUACUGAUAAAAUUCAUAAUUUAAUGCAAAAAGAACUACUUCAAUACAAGUUAGAUUAUUCAGUGGCUCAUUUCAUGACAGCUGUUUUAGAAUACAUGGCAGCAGACAUUUUAAAAUUAGCUGGUAACUAUGUUAAUAAUAUACAUCGUAUAGAAAUCAGUUACCAAGACCUCUGUGUUGCAAUAUGUGGUGAUAAAGUAUUAAUGGAUUUGUUUAGCCAGCAUGACAACAAUGGUGACUUGAAUUUGUCUGAAUUAAAUAUUGAUAAAAUCCAGAAAAUUACUACUUAUGAAGAAGUUGUAAGAGAUCUAAUGCAUGAUAAAAAACAACUUGUUAAAGAUUUACAUUUAAUUUUAAAAAUUUUCAAAGAAGAAAUCUAUCGUAUCAUUCCUGCAGGUACCAGUCAAGAAUUGGAUAAUAUGUUCAACAAUAUUGCAGACAUAUGUAAUACUACUAAAUUAUUUUUAAAUUCUAUUGAAGACAUAUUGGAAAUUGCAGAUAAUAAAUUUGCUACAGUUGGUUGUUGUAUUGAAGAGUUAGCUGAAGCCGCUGAAUUUGAUGUGUUUGAACGGUAUGCAAAUGAUAUUGUUAAAAAACAAUGUAGGAAUAUAUUUUGGAAUUUAAUCAGUAAACCAGAAGUUUCAAAUUUACUUCAAUCGACUAGAUAUGGUUUUAAAGAAGCUCUAAAAUAUUAUUUCCCAAAACUAUUACUUUUACCCCUAUGGCAUUGUAUCCUUUAUUUUGAUUAUUUUAGAAUUUUACAUCAACUUUCACCUAACCAACAUGAUAAAGAAUGUUUGGAACAAGUAGAAGGCAUGUUGAAACCUUUGCAAUUAAGAAUUACAUCAAUUGCAAAUCAAAUUAACUUAACGGAUAAUGUCAAAGAAUUUGGACUUAAAAUUACUGCAACGCCUAGACGGUUGAUAGCUAUAGAAAAACUGCAAAAAAUGGAAAAAGCUAUUGAUGGCUGGGAUGGUAAAAAUAUGGGUCAAUGUUGUACAGAGUUCAUAAGAGAAGGUGUACUUGUAAAAGUUUCAAGUGGAAGUAAGCAGAGAGGUAAGCGUUGUUCAGAGCGUAAAGCAAUCUUAUUUGAUGGUGUUCUUCUUUUAUGUAAAUCAAAUAGAAGAAGGACUUCUGUAUCAGUCAACUCUCAAUUUGUUGGUGGUUUGUCUGAAUUCAAAUUCAAAUUGAAAGAAAACUUAUUUAUUAGAAAAGUGGAAAUUUUUGAUAGAGAUGAUACAGAAGAGAUAAAAAACUGUUUUGAAAUAGUCCCUCAUUUACAGCCACCAGUCAUAUUAGUUGCCAGUACUUUUGAAGAUAAAUCUAAUUGGAUGGGAGAUUUAAUUAUGCUGAACACAAAAACCAUACUAGACAGAACUUUGAACAAUAUACUACUCGAUGAAGAUAAACAAUUUCCCUUACAGUUACCAUCAACUAAAGAAUACAGAUUUGUUGAACCUGAUUCUAGAUCAAACAUAAUUUUUGAAGAAAAAGAAAAUAAAGGUGUACCUCUUAUUAAAGGUGCUACAUUGCUGAAACUUAUAGAACGAUUGACAUAUCAUAUUUAUGCUGAUCCAAAAUUUAUAAAAACAUUCUUAACAAUAUAUCGCAGUUUUUGCACACCUCAUGAUUUAAUGGAUCUCCUAAUUGAACGGUACAACAUUCCUGAACCUUUUGGUAUAACUAUGAAUUCAGUAAAUCUUCAAGAUGAAACUAAACGAUUUAAAAAAGAAUAUUUAGUACCUGUUAAAUUUAGAGUGUUAAAUGUGUUUAGGCAUUGGGUCAUCUAUCACUAUUAUGAUUAUCAAUGUUAUCCAUAUUUAUUAGAUAAAUUGUAUGCAUUUUUAGAUUCAAUUAAUGAAAAAUCAAUCAAAAAAUGGGCGGAUUCACUAAUUAAAAUAAUUCAUAGAAAAACUUCUGAAGAUCAAAACGAAAUUAAGUUUGAAUUUGAUUCACCACCGCCAGCAAUUGAAGUCCAUAUGAACUUUAAUUUAAAUGACGAGUUCAACAUUCUACUUGUACAUCCUCUUGAGUUUGCAAGACAGUUAACACUUAUUGAAUUUGAAAAUUAUAAAGCUGUUAAACCUUCAGAGUUGGUUGGAUCUGUAUGGACUAAAAAGGGUAAAGAAAAAAAUUCUCCAAAUUUACUUCGGCUUAUCAAACGUACUACACAUUUUAGUCGUUGGAUAGAGAAAGCUAUUGUUGAAUGUGGAAAUAUUGAAGAGAGAGUAGCAACUGUGUCAAGAUUUAUUGAAGUAAUGAUGGCAUUAUAUCAACUUAAUAAUUUCAAUGGUGUCUUAGGUGUUUUUUCAGCUAUGAGUUCAGCUGCAAUAUAUCGCCUCAAAUUUACAAUGCAAUCUAUCAAUACUAAAUUUGAAAAAGCUCUAGACAAAGCUCGGGAGAUGAGUAGUGAUCAUUAUAAAAAAUAUCAAGAUAAAUUAAGAAGCAUUAACCCUCCAUGCGUACCAUUCAUUGGUAUGUAUUUAACUAAUAUAUUGCAUAUUGAAGAAGGUAAUCCAGAUUGUUUGACUAACAACCCAAAUUUAAUUAAUUUAAAUAAACGGAGAAAAGUGGCAGAAAUUAUUGGAGAAAUCCAGCAGUAUCAAAAUAAACCUUACUGUUUAAAUGUCGAGCCUAAAAUUAAAAUGUUUUUAGAGAACUUAAAUCCAUUCAACGAUAUGAAAGAUACGGAUAUAAGUAACUAUUUGUAUAAUGAAUCUUUAAAAAUUGAACCAAGAAAUUGCAAACAACUUACUAAGUUUCCACGAAAAUGGCCACAUUUAAAUCUCAAGUCACCUGGCUUAAAGCCUAAGUCACGAAUGCCAUCAGUAUCCUCCAAAGACAUGGAUGUUCAAGGUAAAAGAAAUUUAAGUUCAUCAAGUUCUCCAGUUAUUCAAUUAGAUAAAAUAAGUCCAGAUGAUUCUGUCUUUGCACCAGUAACAUUUAAUUUGAGAAAAAAAAAUGAUAUUCCUCCAGUUCCACCUCGACUGAGUAAAAUAGAUGAUGAUCCAUUCAAACCACCUUUACCAUCAAGAAAAAUAGCUCCACCUUUACCUCCAAGAAGAUCACGAGUAGAAAAAGUUUUGACUUUUAAGAAAUUUGUUAUGCACUCGCCCAAUCCAGAAAUUAAUCAAAAUUUCAACUGUAACGAAAAUCAUGUACCAGUAACUAGUGGUAGUGAAAAUUCUAUUGAACCGAAAACAAAUACAGUAAAUUUUCCCGAACAAGACAAUACUUUUGAACUUUACCAUCAUUCUUCAGAUCAGAACUUCUAUAAUACUCUAGAUUUUCAUUAAAACUGUUUUAUUAAAAAAAAAGACUCCUUUUAUGUUCCAAUUUCUAUGUCUGAAUGCCAAAGACUAUUUUUUAUAAGCAAUAUAAAUCAGUUUAUCAAGAAACUGUUAUAAACUAAUUGCCACUUUCUCAUUAAAUUUUAUAAACGUAUCCAGACAAAUUAUAUUUUAGUGAACUUAAGUAUUGACUAAUAGUAUUUUUUACAAACUUGUAAUAUGUAUUAUUUGUAUUGCUAAAAUUCUGGAUACAAUUAUAUAGGUGCUUGAGCUUUAUUUCUAUAGCUUUCACACAUUUUUCUCUUCAAAAUUAUCAAAUACUUUUUUUUUAUUUCCACUGAUGUUAAUUCUUCUCCUGCUACUUUUUAUACUUUUAUUUAAUGAGUUAGUCCAUUUGAUUUGGGCUGUAUUGUCUUGUCAAUGUAAUUUUUACAUUUGUAAUUCCAUAAAACCAACAUUUGGUCCGAUAUUGAAUAAUAUUAUAUUGAAAUUAUUAUUGAAAACAAAUUGCAGAUUGUCUGUGAUAACUGAUUACCUAUGUAUACUGUGACCUGCAUAUUUUUUUAUUCUUACAAAGUCACAAACUAUACAGAUUAACAAAUUUUGUAAUACCUAUUAAUUGUAAUAUUGUGAAAGUAUAUAGCUAAAA